UGCAAAUCUGACUUUGCUCUCAAACGGUACUGUCAUGGCACGAAACAUGAAUAUAUCUUUCCUGGGCACCUCCAGCGGUGGUGGCCCUUCAAUUUCUCGCAACUGUUCUAGUCUUGUCGCAGACGUCAUCGGCGACGGUUCACUAUGGAUGGUCGACUGUGCAGAAGGAACAGUGCGACAAUUUCAGAUGCAGCAUCGCGACCAAGGAGACCCAGUCCUUAAAGCGUUCAAAGUGGCCAAGUUAUUUGUUACUCAUAUGCAUGGUUUGUUUCAUCGGAUUCAUGGAAUUCUUGUCUUUACUCCGGUGCCCUUCUAGCCGACCAUACAAUGGGAAUAAUCACUUUCCUUAGACAUGUCCUCCACCCGCCACUGAUAGCUCCCGCUGGCGACCCCCCUUCCCCAGACGGUCCUGUGUGU